AUGCGACUUGGUAUUGUUUGUGUGGCACUUGUCUCGGCCUAUCUACCAGUGCAAACGGUAGCCAGUGAGGUAGAUGAUCUCGCCGCACAGGGUCUUGAAAUUCGUAGAGCUUAUGAUGCCGAAAUUGGUGGCGAAAGGACUUGCGAUAUCGAAAACACUGCUGUCAGGAGGGAAUGGAAUACAUUGACAGCGGAUGAAAAGAAGGAAUAUAUCAACGCCGUCCUGUGCUUGCAGAAGCUAGAGUCGAUUUGGCCACAGAGUGAAGUCCCCGGUGUGAGAUCCAGAUUCGACGACUUUGUCGCCCUGCAUAUACAACAGGCUCGCUUGGUCCACUUUACAGCUAGUUUCCUUGGAUGGCAUCGGUACUAUUUAUGGACCUAUGAGGAGGCCUUGCGAAACGAGUGCGGUUAUACAGGACAUCACCCAUACUGGAACUGGGCUGAAUAUGCAGAAGACCCCGUCAGCAACCCAAUGUUCGAUGGCUCUGAAACGAGUUUGUCUGGGAACGGUGAGGCAACCGACCAUGGAAAUGUUACAAUUGUGCCUGGGCUAAUUGUUCCGUCGGGAACUGGCGGUGGCUGUGUCAUUUCCGGACCCUUCGCAAGCAUGAGUGUCAACCUUGGUCCCAUAACGCCGAUUAUGCCAGACCUACAGCCAAACGGCAACGGAUUGUCGUAUAACCCCCGCUGUCUACGACGAGAUAUAUCCUCCAUUAUCUCCAAGAGAUUCACCAAGACCUCAGAUAUUGUCGAACUCAUCACCACCAAGAAUGACAUUCUAUCCUUCCAAAACUUCAUGCAAGCAGAUCCCGUGACCGAUUUCAUCGGCGUGCAUGGUGGUGGGCAUUUCAUUACCAGCGGUGACCCAGGCGGAGAUUUCUACAUCUCCCCGGGCGACCCGGUCUUCUACCUCCAUCACUCCCAAAUCGACCGGAUAUGGUGGAUCUGGCAGAACCUGGACCCAGCGAAUCGCCUGCACGCAGUGGCCGGCGGUACGGAGAUGUAUAACGCUUCGUCGCGAAACGGAACCGCAGACGACCUGGUUGAUUUAGGGUAUCUGGGUGAUGAGUGCAGGCUGGGAGAUUUGCUCAGCGCUACUGGUGGUCCAUUUUGCUAUAUCUAUCAGUAA